AUGCCUGGUGGGGGGGGAUCCCCAGAGAUUUGGGGUGACCCCCCCGGCCCCCCCAGGAUCUCCCUGAACACGCUGACGCUGCCCGUGCGCAGUGAGAAGGUUUACACCCGCCACGGGGUGCCCAUCUCCGUCACCGGCAUCGCACAGGUGAAGAUCCAGGGGCAGAACAAGGAGAUGCUCGCAGCUGCCUGCCAGAUGUUCCUGGGCAAGUCGGAGAGCGAGAUUGGCCAGAUCGCCCUGGAGACGCUGGAGGGCCACCAACGCGCCAUCAUGGCCCACAUGACUGUGGAGGAGAUCUACAAGGACCGGCAGAAGUUCUCGGAUCAGGUUUUCCGCGUGGCCUCGUCCGACCUGGUGAACAUGGGCAUCUCCGUGGUCAGCUACACCCUCAAGGACGUGCACGACGAGCAGGAUGAUGAAGGUCAAGGCCAACUGAGCAGCCCUAAUGAAGGCCAAGGGCUGAGGAUGAUGAAGAUCGAAGACUCUGCAAGGACCACGAGCUCCUGGAGGCUCUGUGAGGAGGAUGACUGUGAACUCUGGGGACUCUUCGAGGAUGAUGAAGGUUGGAGGCUCCUUGACAAUGAUGAACCUUGGGAAUCCUUUAAUGAGGGAAUUUGGAAGCUCUGA